CAUUAAUACUUCAUCAAACUGUCGAUGUCUUUCGCUGUCUGUGAGUUUCGGAAUACUUAUCUUCUUGGUCUGAAAAUCGCGUGAAAGUCAGUCUAUCUAGAGAUCUAUUGUGUAGGAACAAAGAAAAACUAGCUUAUUAGUUUGGGUUAGUGUGUUAAAUAGUGUUAUGGAUCCCCUUGGUGUGACAGAGGGCUUUGUGGACGCUAUUUCUAUACCAAGAUGGGGCUCGACUCCUGUCCCUGCUUAUGAGAACGUGACUCCGCCGGCCAAUGACAGAAGGACGCACAGUCCAUUUCCUGUGCGGCAAGACAUCAACAGCAAAGUAGCACUCUGGUGAGAAUGUGUUAGAAAGCAAAUUAACUCAUUCCUUAUUAAUUUAUCAGGUUUCUAGUCGUAGAUUAGUUUAGUGGACGUGAUUUGAUACCGUGUGUCGUUGUAUUUCUUUAUCUAUUUGAAAACGGAUUUUCCUUGAUUGGUUCGACGUGUCUGCGAGAAGAUGGUGUUCUUGUUGUCGCAGAGUGCCUCACUGCUCUUUUACUUUAGGAGAUAUAUGAUACUGCAUCACACUUUCCGAUGCGUUAGAUUAUCCACCGGCGGCUUGGUUACGGGUGUAGUUCAAACGACAACACACAUGUUAAACUUUUACUUAGCUAAUAACUGAAAUGAAAGUGACUUAAAACCAAAGGAUAUUCUGAUCAGUUAAUGAAUAAAUACACUCACACCAAAAAAUUAACGCUAACGUAUGAAAAGUUUUGUUUUGUCAAGAUGAAAAAGAGCAAUGUAGCGCCCCCUUUUAACUUGUGAAAAGGAGUUUUUACAGGGAUAUUGGUUAGGGUUACUCACUAAGAUGUAGGCACUGUGGUAAUAAGUUGUCCCAAACUCACCAAAGCAUGAAACCAUAUUGGAUUAGUAACCUUGCAUAAAACGAAAGUUAGGCUUUGUUAUUACCUUCCUAAUGAAUUAAAAUUUGUUGAGUUCUGGAGUAAUUUGGCAGCUGGAUCAAUCAGAGGUGGAUGAAAAUAAGCCUGUGCUUUUCUGACAAAAGAAAAGUUGUGGAAUUCAUCUCAUAUCUUUAAUUUCAAUCAGUCAAAAAAACUUGCAGUCACAUAAAAUGCAUUGUGAGAUAUUUUUGUUCCAAGGCAGAAAACUUACAGGUUUGUUAUUAGGUGUAUGCAGGAGAAAACCCUGUAAACAAAAAUCAUUGUGUUACAAUGCAAAUAUUUAAUGGGCAAUUGUGAGGCAAAAUGUGAUAUAAGAAUGGAAAAUAGUGAAAUUAGGCUUGUGCAGGGAAGGAAGAUUUGGAGUGCAGCAUCUAAAUUUGAGGAAUUUUUACAAACGGAAAUUUGGUAACUGCAGGAUACUAUUUUGUGCUGCUUUUUAGACUACAUGUGUCUAUUAUUCUGUAGUGUUGGAUAGUUACCAUAAUUGUGAAUCUCUCGGUGAUUUUUGGGAAGCUAGGCUUUUAAGAUAAGAGGAACCCUGCAUUGCUGCAAGUCAGACCAAUGAUGACAAGUUCACAAUUAUGCUUGAUCUCUAGAUAAAGUACUUUAUGCACAAGUUGGCCAUAGGUAUUCUUUGAUUUUAAUUUUAUGUGCCCUUGUGUAAUUCAUGUCUUUUAAUCCUGGUAUUGCAAAUCACCAUAAUUACAAAUAAACAGAGGAAACUUUAUACAGCAAGCAGACACUACCUUGACAUUAAACACAAGUCAGUGAAAAGAGGCUAUUGUUUACUGAGUAUGGUGUGGUUGCCCACGAAUGCAGCAUUCGGAUUGAUAAAAGAGAGGUGCUACCCUUUUAAUACACACCAGUAGGUUAUUGAUGAUUAAAGGCAAACAUGGUGUCUAGUAAUACAAACCUUCAAAUAUUGAAAGUAAGGAUCAAGGAAGAGAUGUGAUCAAUUUAAAGGAGGAAGGAUGAGAAAAAACUGGUAAAUUGUCCCCAGAUGUAGGGGAUGUAGAGGAUGUUUUGCCCAAAUGCCAACAAGAUACAAUUAAAGUUGCAUAUUCCAAUUAUUUUUAGUUGCAAUAGGAACACAAUAAAAGUUUGGGAAGGACAAAAUUUGGAUACUAUUGUGUUGAUAUUUUGCAUGCUAACUGUAAUAAGUUAUAACAAGUUAAGGGGGUAAACUAUUUAGGUUGGACUCUGCUGCAUUUAGAGAUGUCAGAGCAAAGUGAAAAUGUUUUACACAUCAGCUAUAGAAGUCUUACAGAACAUUUUCCAGCAAAUUUGAAAUUUAAAGGUGUACAAAUGGAUAAACUUGAUUGUUAUCAACUUCUUUCAUAGUGUGGAAACCUGAAUGGUUAAAAGAAUGGUUUAGGAUGUUUUUUUUUUACAAAAUAAUGAAAGCUGGAUUUCAUAAGUUUUCUUUACAUAAAAAAAGAUUCCAAAAGGAGAACAGUUUGUGAUCUCCUAAGGAUGAGUUUUCAACCCUACUGAAUUUUCAAAGAAGAGAGAUUUGAGACUAAGGUUUCCCCAGUGCUUUGUUUGUGUGUGUCAAGUUCUUUUUUGAAAGAUUCUAGUUUUUAAAUACUACACGUUUAACACCGCAAAAUGAGUGCACAUUUAAUCUAUUUGCCAGAUGGAGGAAUAUUUAGAUAUAAAGAUGGGUAGAUGUGAUUAGACUGAAAAUAGAUAAUUAACAGAAAAAUCCAAGUACAAAUCUAACAACUACAAGAAUAACAACAAAGCUACAUGAAAUAGAAAUGAACCUACAAUUUGUGGCAUAACCAGGUCUGGCAGUAAACAAAAAGCAACAAGGCACUAGCAAAAACUAACAAAAAGACUGACUUAGGUAGUUGAAAUCAACUAGCCAUGAGAAUUAUCUAACAAAAACAAUGUGUACACUGGCAAGAAAUAAAUUGCUGCCAGAGUUACCUAAUUCUUACGUAACUUAAUGCAAAAACAGUAACUUAAUUGAAUAGAAACAGAACUGCAUUACAUAUAAUCACAAUAGCACUACAGCUGAAAGAAAAUGAUAUAAAGUCACUUUGCAGUUGUCUGACAAUAAAUAGAAAUGCAGGUUCUAGUUGCUACAACUCCUUUCCACAGUCAAAACUGUGGCUGGUUGUUAAUAUGUACUUUUGAAUAGAAAAGCAGGUUGUGAGCACCUGUGUACUGCCUUUAGUUGAGUUUCUAUUUUACAUUGUGUCCACGGAUUGUUGACUAAACUUGAAAAAUCAGACCACUUUACCAUUUGAAUGUCUACAUCUUUGUAGAUCACUAACAAUACUUCUCUGUGGCUCCCAUGGGAAUUUCAUAAGUCAAAUAAGUCUUCAGUCAAUACCCAGCCUGAUCUUCCUGUUAUAUUUAACAGUGAAAGAGCACUUGCAAACUCAGCACUUUGGUACACUUUGUGUUUUAUUAUUUUUAUUAUUUUCUCUAUUUCAACAAUGACAACCCUUGAAUGAUUACAACAAGAUAAAGAAAAUGGAGAAUGACAUAUUGUAGCAAGCUAAUUAGAUGCCCUUUACAUUAUGGUACAUUUUUUCACACAGUAAAACAAAAGCAGGUCGUGAGCACCUGUGUACUGCCUUUAGUUGGGUUUCUAUUUUACAUUGUGUCCACGGAUUGUCAACUAGACCUGAAAAAUCAGACCACUUUACCAUUCGAAUGUCUACAUCUUUGUAGAUCACUAACAAUACUUCUCUCUGGCUCCUAUGGGAAUUUCAUAAGUUGAAUAAGUUUUCAGUCAAUACCCAGCCUGAUCUUCCUGUUAUGUUUAACAGUGAAAGAGCACUUGCAAACUCAGCACUUUGGCACACUUUGUGUUUUAUUAUUUUCUUAUUUUUAUUAUUUCCUCUAUUUCAACAAUGACAACCCUUGAAUGAUUACAACAAGAUAAAGAAAACAGAGAAUGACAUAUUAUAGCAAGCUAAUUAGAUGCCCUUUACACUAUAGUACAUUUUUUCAUACAGUAAAACAAAAGCAUUACAUAUAUAGACUUUGCAUACAACUCUUUUGCCACAAUUUAUGAUCAUUUGAGCUAUCUUUGAUCAAAAUGUCUCAUUUUGAGAUUUGCUCUCAUUAUUUUAUCCAAUUCUGUUGGCAAAUAACUUUGGCAAUUUUCACUAUUAAGUUGUUAAAUGUGAAACUAGAAUCGGAAAACAGUGGUGUCCAUUAGCAGGCUCUAAUUUUUGUCCCAAAACCCUUGCAGACCUCUUGCACACUUAAACUUGCUUGCUGAAAACAACACUUUGCUACUUGUAUCUCAUCACUAAUGAUAGCCUGCUUCACAGCAGGCAAAGGAAACUGAGGAUUGAACUCAUCACAUCAACAGCUACUCCAACAGAGGCUCGUAUAUACAGCAAAUUUAAAGUAAAAUUACUGGACAUUUUUUUUUGUCACUAUCAACAAGGUGUUUUGUGCUUUUGACUUAACUAUACUUCCCUGCUCCUUUGGGUUUUGCAUUUUACAAAGACUAAUUAAAGUAAUUUUUUUUCUGAUUUUUAGGUCUGGUGAUAUCACUAAACUGAAUACCAUUGCAAUAGUUAACACAACAAAUGAAUCUUUAAGUAGCAAAGGAAUGUUAAGUGAAAGAAUCCAUCGGGCAGCAGGUCCAGAACUCUUGCAGGAAUGUAAAACACAGUUACUUGGUAAGAUAAGUCUGUUCUAGUUCUUUAUCAUCAGAUGAACAAUAUAUGUUUUAAAACUGUCCUGGAGCUGAAUCAGUAUUAAAUUUUUGAUAGCUACCUGUAUGUUGUAGUAUUUUUUCCCUCAAAUUUCCUUCCCUUUAAUUUAUCAGUUAAUUAGUCCAUGAGGCAGUAUUGUGUGCAACUCAGGUUCAGUGUUGUAAUGUGGUGUAUCUCUGUUGGCAUUUUUUUUGUUAUUUAAAAUUGAAACGUGAUGUCAUAAUUGCUGUCAGGGUGCAGGACUGGAGAAGCUAAAAUUUCAAAGGGUUAUGGUCUGCCAGCAAGGUAUGUGAUAUAAUAACCUUCAUUCACACUACAAUUCUAACCUUUCAAGACCAAAUGUUUGAGUAACAUUUUUACUGUGUGCAAUACUUUUGUUACACCUGAUGAAGAUUGAACAAUUAGUUCAUGUUUAGUGUCAUGGUAUAUCAAGAUAUAGAUGCAUGCAGGAAGUUGAAAUUGGAGGGAAAAUGCUGUAAUGAGGAUGGACAUCUUUUUGUCGUAUUUGCCUAUAUAAAAAUGAGUUUUAUACAAAUAAUUUACAAAUGUGAAUUUUUGGAAUUAGUAAAUAUAACUGGCUUAUUUAUGAUGAAAACUCCCAAACAAAAUAUUACCCCUGAACAAAAAUGUUGUUGAGGUAGCAACUUUUUAUCCUUUUAAUGAUAUGUUAUUUGGUCAUGUUUUAACUGUAGUGUAUCUUGCAUUCACUUUACCUGUGGUUCCAUCACUUAUUAGCUUUAUUUAGAGGUUAAACAGUCCUCAUUUUGUAACUUGUAGAUUUGUUAUUCACACUGUGGGUCCACGAUACAACAUCAAAUACAAAACUGCAGCAGAGAGUGCUCUUUUCUCUUGUUACAGAAGUGUAAUGAAAAUAGUGAGGUGGGUAAUUUCAGAAUUGUUGGACAUUUCAUGGGAAAUACUGUAAGUUAUUGGUCAGUACCAGUCUAUAUGACUUAUGUCAUGAAUAAAAAAGUCAAACCUGACUUACCUAAUGGUAGGUUAAAGGUUAUUUUUAAUUCUUUGAGGAAACCAAAUGCAAACCAUAGAUUCCUUUGAGAGGUAUGUGGGUAGUAUAGGAAAUCAGGUUUUCAAAAGCAAGUACUAGCCAACAAAAAACAGGGAAAUGGGAAACAAUUUUAAAUCUUUUAGAACCCAGAGGAGUUAGGCCACUCUUGUAAGAACAUUCUUGUACAUGACUUGCAAGAUUACUUCCAAGAACAAUUUUGCUUUUUUUAUCCAUGUGACAAAGUUAUUGAUACCAUGAGAAUGGCUAACAGAAUAACUAAUUUCACAUAUUAUAUAAUUAAGAGAGAACAGGAUUGCCUCAGUUGGUCUCUGUGUGAUAAACACAUCCAGAAGAGGCUACCCCCCUGAGGAUGGUGCCCACAUAGCUUUACGUAAGUCUUGAUUAGAAGUUUCUUUGGCUAUCAGAUUUUGUUGAUUUGUUUUUUUAUUAAAGGAAGAAUAAAAUAAUAUUGUUGAUCCUGUAUACCUGUCUUCUCAAUGGGUCUUAUUAAAUAAUCAAUGUCUUUUUGUGUAAUUAUUUUUGUUGUUUUUGUUUUUCUUCAAUAUUCUUUUUUCUAACAUCUCCUCAUGUCAAAGUUCUAUUACCAAGCUUGUAUAGAUUAAAACAGUUAUUCAUUAAUGUCAACAUCCACAUGUAUGUUUUUAGCGUUUCUUAGAAAACACAUGCAGGAUUUGAUAGUUUUAUGUUUUGGUUGCAGGAACUGUUAGACGAUUUCUGGAAAAGUUUUCUGAUAUUGAACUUGUUAUUUUUGCUGCUGAAAAUGCUGAUGAGGUACAAGGGUUAAUUUUUUUUUUUUUAACCUUUUGUGUCAUUCAUCCUAACUACAUGAAUUUUUUACUGGUUUUUUUGCAAGGCCAUAUACAAGAAUGUCAUGCCUCUGUACUUCCCUAGAAGCAAAGAAGAGGAAGACUAUGUGUUGAAUAAACUUCCAGAUGACAUUGGUGAGCUGAAAUUUCUUUUUCUGUCAUAGAUUUGGCAGCUGACAUGAGAAACUAACUAUAAAAGAUAAUUUCAAUUUCAAUCCUGGAAGGUUGCAACCUUAACACCAGUUGAAAGUUACUCAUGCAGACUUAGCAGAAUAUUUAGUUUCUUCUCUGUCAUUGCAUUUGCAAGGGAAUGAAAAUGGUGAACCAGUGAUUGCUGAAAGACAAAUUAGAAUAAUGGAUAAACCACUCGGUCAAAGACACUCUGAUGAUGGUAAGGAAUAUGUACAUUUGCUCCAUUAUCUCAGCUCUGAGAAAGUACAAACCCUUCUUUUUUAUUUAAUCCAGUGCCAGCAGAUAUAAUAUAGAAUAGUGAGUUGAUUGGAAAGUGUUUAAAACAUGUGCAGAUGCUGAUGUAGAAGAAGCAGAAGAAGCUGGUGCUAUUCACAUGUUGGACUCAGCUACUGUUGGCAAACAUUCCUUCUCAGCAAUGGCAGGAGAUCAUGAUCAACUAACAAGACAACGAUUACAAAGAUCACCCAGUGAACAACAUGCGAUUCAACAUGAGAGAGUGUAAGAGAUUUGAGAAGUCUUCAAUUGGCAACCCCACCAUACAUUGUAGUUACACAUUGUAGCCAUUGGUUUUAAUUGAUUUUGAAUCUUUUGGUAUCCAUGUAUGACCUGUUCUGUAUUAAUUGUGUAGGGAUGUUGUUUAUUUCAGGUAUCAGAGAUGGCUGCGACGAGCCAGGACAGAAGAUUUCUCAAGUCUCCUGAGGCUAAAGAUGGUCUACCAAUCAGGUUUUGUUUUUGGUUAAUUUUUCCUUUUCACUGACAUUUCUCAUCCAAAUGUUGUUUUUUUUCUAAAUGAGCACAAAGUCAGGCAAGUGAUGUACAGACUUUUCUUAUGUUCUGGCAACAUCAAGUGCAUUGUUAUUAUGCCAUUAAAUCAAUCGGAAAGUGCAGAUUUAUUGAUUUGAUGUAGUAUUGAUGGAACACAAUCCUCCAUGGAUCAGUCACAACAUAUCUUUUCCAUGAGUUGUAAUGUGAGUAAUUUUCAAUUGUUCUUUCUGACUUAUUCACUAACUCUGUGGUGUGGCAACCGAUAUUUGGGCAUUAUUUUAAUAACCACAAUAUUAAAUCUGUGUUAUGUAGGUGUGGAUUUUCUUGGCAGACCUGUUAUAGUAUUUGUUGGUCGACAUUUUCAAGCAAGAAGUGUAGACUUAAAUAAGGUUUGUUCCUGUAUGCUGUAGGGGUGGUCAAAGUCUGCAGAAUUGAUACUUACACCCCUCCCUCUAAGAAGUGACCCACCAAAACCAGGUGAUCGAAUUUGUGUUACAGAUCAAAACCCAACCUUUUAACCUUUAGAUAGACAUGGUGUAUGUUGUUCUGCGGUUAUUUUGUCUUAUACUAAGAGUUGUUUUUGGUGGUCUACUCGAGAAGUGUUUUUAAUUAGUUGAGCAUGAAUUGCAAUCUUUAAUUUUUUCUCGUAAACAUCGAUCGGUGAUGAUGAGGUCAUGGAACUGUGUUCAUGUUGUAUUAUAAAAGCGAAAUUCGUAUGUUUGUCUUUGUUGUGAACAGACGAGGGGGAGGUCGGAAUUGCUUAUACUGAAAAUCGAAAACAAUAUCGCCAGACAAGUUUAGAUAAACCGAAGCCCAACCCAGACCAUAACGACUCGUAGCGUGACUUCUGGGAUUGCCACAUAUGUUCGAGGUUGUAGGUUUUACUUUUGCCUACUGUCUUGUUUUUCAGGCUGUAGCUUACUUCAUCUCCGUAUUGGACAAGAUUGUCAACAGGGAUUAUGUUAUUGUGUACUUGCAUACACUGAGUUCAGAGGAAAAUCAGCCUCCAUUGUCAUUUUUGAAAGAUAUUUAUCAUUUGGUGGAUAACAAGUUAGUUUUUCUCACCUUUGAUGUUACUGAGUUAAAUCACACUUUACUUAGAGCUGGCGGGAGGUUGGUUUCAUUUAAAUUGUUUUUAAUCUGCCAACAUGGGAGACUAGCCUUUAUCCAGGGGAUUGGUCAAUAAUAUGAAAACAUCGUCAGUAACAUUUGUACGUUAGUAUCACAUGACUUGAGUGACACAUAUUUCUGCUUGUGCUUAGGUAUCGUCGUAAUCUUAAAGCCUUUUACAUAGUUCACCCUACUGUUUGGGUUAGAAUUGUUACGUGGUUUUUCACGACUUUCACCGCUUCCUCAAUCAAAGAUAAGGUUCACUUUUUGUCUGGAAUCCAGUACCUGUAUGACUGGAUUGAUCCUGAUCAAUUGGAAAUUCCGGCCUUCGUCUUAGAGUAUGACAUGAAGGUAUGUGUUUUACCAUAAUAUAACAAAAAUGCCCUGGUAACAAACAAAAAAUGUGUCCAGAGCAGGUUAGACACACUUUACCCCCGUGAACCUCAAACGGUAGAGUUUUGUUUUAUUUUACUUCUUAUUUGGUUUUUUUUUUGUUUUUGGCUUUUGGAAGUAGUUUUUUUGUUAGUCGUUUCGUUUGUUGUUAAUCUUAUCAAUUUUUCCUCACAGGAAAAUGGAAAUAAUUACCACACUCCAGCCAGUACGUACCGCACGGGAAGUCUGUAAGAGUCGUUGUUUAAAUUUAAGAUGAAACCGAUUCCGCCAAUAAAUUUAGACAGUUACUCAUCUUUUGGAAGACACAUGGCGGUUAUUGCCUCCUCAGACAAUAAAUGCCAUAUCUAUUCCGGCAGUGAAAUGAUUCGGCUUACAAUUACUCUUCAGUCCGCAUCAUUCUCGGACCAUAUUCAAAUGAUUCUUGUAAUGCCUCGUUAAAAUUCAGCCACUUUUUCAAGUGGCAGUUUUAGAGAUAAGAGGAAUUCUUCUUUAAUUACUCAGGAAAAACUUCGAUUAGUGUUAGAAUGAAUUAGAUAAGUCCAAUAAAUGCAUGAACAUUAAGGAACUGUUUUUAAUACAAACUAAUGAAGACGACUUGGAAGUAAGAUUGUAUCUCUAUUUUUCUGAGUUUGUUCCUCGGGGAAUUGUCGUCUUUUUUUAGCUCACGGAAUGAGGCUUUGAUAUCUACGAUUAGAACAAGGUAGAUAUGGACAAGAUGAUAUUUCUACAAACACAUAGGUGCUACAGGCAACCGAAUUUUGCCUUGAGAGAGAGAAGGACCAUAGCGAGUGCCACUUUUUCUUCAUUUAGAUUUAUAUUGUGUUUCAACUCGGGCUUUUUCUUCGAUUGAUCCACGAUAAUUAAUACUGUAAAUUACAAAUGUAGUUAGAUCAAGUCUAGAAGCGUCAAAAAUUUAUUGAAAUGAAUUGGUAGCAACAAACUGUACUUUUGAAUAUAUGAAAAGGAAUAAAGAUAUUUUUGGAAAUUAACGCUUUGGGACUUGUAGGAAGUUUAAUGUGGGGUGGUUUGGGGGAUUUAAAACGUAUUUCUUCCUUGAUGGUCGAAAUAAUUCCUUUCUUAUCUUAAUUUAUCCGUAUCAGCUUGACAGCAAAUCUUAAACGAAAUCUUUCAUAAGCGCUUCAGUUUAAACUAGUGACAGACAUGUGACGAAAAUAAAUUACACAAUAAAAGCUCCCUUAAAGGAUGUAUUCGUUCCGCUGACAGUAUAUUUCUGUAGAUUUACUUUCAGACAUAGCUCAAAUAACUUGUAUAUAAAUAAAUAUGGGUUCGUGAGUUCCCACCAUUAUAUUUAGUGAGGAUUUUAAUCAUCUCUCCGGCUAAGGAAUGAAUUAUUUUGAAGUAAUAUCGUUUCGCUGGUGCACUCAUUUCAGCGGAAAAGAAACAGAGAAAUCUGGAUAAAUAUUAAAUAAGAUAACUGAUCUGGAAAGUGUCAAGUUGUUGAAAUGUAAAUUUUAGAGCGUGUUUUUCAUUGAAAACGAUCCUUGACGCUGAAGGAAGGAAGUUGAUAUAAUAUCGUGACAAAAUUUUCGUCUAGUUCAGGUUAUCAAUCUUGUUUAUUACAAAAGAUUUUCCUCUUAAUCAGUGUUUACUACUGAGCCCUUGACUUACUUUUGAAUAUUUUGUAUCUUUACAG